UUCCUGGCAUAUUUUGACAUUCAAUCUGCAAAAUGGCGGCUGACUCUGCAGUGUGUUUUGCAGGGUAUUUUGUUUGAUUUUGACAACACACUCGUGCCUACAAUGGAGGCUGACCUAUACGCAUUUCAAAAAGUAAAGGAAAAGCUGCUUUUCAUCGCUCGUUCAAGAACUCGCAAAAGACUACAAAAUCGCAAUUGUUACUCAGUUAUUCAACGAGAAAAGAUCACAACAUCAGGGGCUGACGGAUUGUUCAAAACUAUCGUGAUAAGUGGCGAUCAACCGCAUCCGAAACUACAUCCAGUAACUUUUGACACUGCCUGCUCGCUGAUAUCUGUUGCCCAGAACUGUGUCAUGAUUGGAGAUAGUCUUGCUCAUGAUGUACAAGGGAGUAAAAAUGCUGGUUUAAUGGCCUCUGUAUGGAUAAAACUUAGAGGCUGUAACCGCAGUGGAGAGGAUCCAGAGCCAGAUUUUACUGUAGAUUCUGUUCUUGAUUUACCAAAGAUAUUGAAUGAGUUAAAUUCUCCCACUGCAAACUAAAACUGGUAGUGAAUACACUAAAUUUGUAUACAUCUCCAUGUUAUAAAAGAAUUGUGCUGUUGUAGAUAUCAUUUACCAAUUUUUUACACUUUUAAUUUUUUUUUGUUUUAAAAAUAUAAGGUAAGAAUGAAGGGACAGUUGAUAUUCUGCACAUAAGCUCUGUGUUAUUAAAUUCU